GCGCAACUCCCCUCCAUGAUAUACCAUACAAAUGUAAACAAGAGUGUUUUACAUCAAUAUUCCUUGAUCCUCGUUGUGCUACAGCUGCUCAUGGAUUAGGAUUUGAGGGCGCCCGAGAGCAUGGACGGCAGGUCGAACAGCAGCUCGGCACCCCACGAGCGCUCCUGGUGGUGGUUCUCGGUGGGCCGCGAGGGGGGCGGACCCACUUACUACGGCAGCGUUGGGCCGUGUCCCUCGAUCGUGUGGAACGCCGACGUCAUCUUGUGUGUGUGCUUUUUCUCCAUACCGCUAGUGACGUUUUUCUUGCUUCUCCCGUCGUUCAGGCAGAAGCACUGGAUGUCCUUCCUCGCGAUGGUGCUGUGUAUGCUGUCGGGUUUCUUCAUCACCUGCACCUUCUACUCGUCCUCGUGGCUGGUGGGGGAAGUGGAGGUGGAGGCGAGCAACGGCCCCGCUCAGCCCCCGUCCAAAGGGUCGCUGGGGCUGUGGACGGGGCUGUGGCACGCCAACCUCACCUACGAGUCGUCCAGUCUCUCCCUCAACGAGCAAGUGACCUGGUCGAAGCGCCAGGACAUGGUCGUGGCGCAUCGCAUGGCUCUGGAGAAGGGCUGGGUGUGGCCCCUGGUGAGCCUGGUGUCCGAGUUGAGCGGCGAAGGGCGGGCCUGGAGAGGAGAGCUCGGGGACGGGAUAAGGUACGCUGGAACUUUCAGUGGCUGUGCCAUGGUAGCGUCCAUGUACAUGUGGGUGGUGUGCGUGGUCCUAUUGAGCAUAGCUCCUGAGCUGAUUGCGCAAUACCUCAUGCUGAUGGGAUGUUUGCUGGCGAUCGCGUCUUUCGGCUACGUGCUGUUAGUGUGGAUCCACGUACCAAAUAGUAUUACCGUGAGCGGGUCAACGAUGGACUUGCAUCUUGGAUGGGCCUGGUGGUCCGUGUGCAUCAUGGGCGUUUUGUUGGUUAAUGUUGGCGCUGCGUUGCUCCUCUAUGAUUUCAUGUACCCGAAACAGCUUUAUACUAUUUUUGAACUGUAUGCUGGCACCCCUUAUCAUCGCCUGUUUCAGGAAAACCUAAAGUGUUAUAAAGUAAUAGAUCCGCAUGACGAAGAGUUCAAAAAGGUGUAUCCACCAUGUUACUGGGAUCUAAGGAACUUUAACAUCAAGCCGUCCCUAGUAACGGGAAAUGAAAACGACGUAAAUAAUAACCUGCAGGAAUUGACAGAAAAGGGACAGAUCUGUAAGAAGACCGAAGUGGAGAGAGUCUUCACCAACACUGAAACCGGCAAACUCAUUUUCCGCAUCAAGAGGGACAAGCCAUUUGUUAUGGAGACACUGGACACGGUCUCUUCUCCAACAAAUAAAGACCACACUCCAUUUCGCAGAGAACUGCCGCUGUCGCUUCGCAGGCGCAUCACCCCAGAGCCGGAUCGACUGAAAGCUGCAGACAGGGGCCCACAGCCUCUCGAUCUCUUCUCCGACUGCUUGUCUCCGCUGCUAAAGAACUCGGUCAAGAAGGAAGACUUCCUGAAGGUCCCGUGCAUCCCCGACCACCCCGACUCUCGCAGUAACUACGAUACGUCAGCUUCUCCGCCCCUCUCCAGAACAUUUACGAGUUUCCAGGCGGCCGAUCUGAUCAGCGAUACACCUUGUCUGGUCCCGAAGGGGCUGGAGGAGAGUUCGACUUCGUUCUGAACGUUAUAGUUAAGGAAUCCUUUGCUGCCUUCCCGACUCUGUUCACUCCAGUUACUCUUCUGCCCUGUGCGUGUUCUCGUGGAUCCUUAUUCCCUAAAGUCUCUGAAUUCAACACGCUUCAGAGUCGUAUAUUGUAUAAACUAUUUAAAACUUAUAACUAGUUAGAAGUGGAUUUAUAUGUGUGAUUAAAACUAAUAGCAAUAUUUUCAGCUAUUGACACACUGAUCUCAAUAUAGUUUCUUUACAUGCAAAUAAAUUCUUUAAAAGUUUUGUUAACAUAAUUAUAUAUAAUAUCUAAUUCCUGAGCAACUUGGUAUUAUUUUAUUUGUUUAGAUGCGUUAUGUGAUUUCAGCAAUGUUUUAUAAUUAUGUACACUGCACUUUAAUUUAUAAUGUUAUUAAAACAAA